GUCAAAAAAUUCAACACACCAGCAGUGUGAGGAGACCUGAAAGUGGCACAUGGCAUGGCAGAGUGUGGCGAUGGAGACAGCAGCAAUGGGAGGCCGUACAGGGACCCAUGACAGACUCUGGACCUGGCAGCAGCAUGAGGAGGCGGUAUAUAGGGGCCUGUGGCAGAUUAGGGGCCUGGCAGCAGCUAUGGGAGGCCCAUAAUCUGCCAGCACCCUAUGUCAAAAAAUUCUACACAGCAGCAGUGUGUGAGGAGACCUGAAAGUGGCACAUGGCAGAGUGUGGCGAUGGAGACAGCAGCAAUGGGAGGCCGUACAGGGACCCAUGAGAGACUCUGGACCUGGCAGCAGCAUGA